AUGAUCGACCUGGGAUCAUCACCCGAUAUAGUCGCUUUUCUUGAUCAACUGGAGAAUCAGGUAUUCGACAUUUGCUCGGCUUCAACUUCGAAAAUAAAUGAAUGGCGUUCAAAACUCGAUGGAAAAAAUAACGAUAUGAUUGAAACGUUGAAAGAACGCAAUAACAUCUUCAGUGAAUUAAGUAAAACGAAAGAGUCCAUCAACAAGAUCAUCAAAUGUUACAAUAUGUCAAUGAAGGCUGCAUCGUGUACAAUUGCACGUACAAUUAUCGAAAUGAUUCCACGUGAACAUCCCAGAAAAAUCCCGUCGGUUGUUGCAAAUUUUAUGAGCGAUCUUAUUAGCUAUGUUCUAUCCCAGGUCGAACAAUCCGGCACGGAAACGGGCGGCUCCAUGGUAUUCCCGAUGAGCGGAUCCGGUGACCGGACUUAUCGGGUUUCGAUCGGAACCGACAGAAACAUGUCAAAACCAGUAGCCGGAAAUGAAAUGGCGAGUUUCCUCAGGGAUUUUGUCGAAAAUUCAUGGAAUCCUGCUUCAGGAACCAUCGCCCUGGGUUUGACAUGUUCCUAUUGGUUCCCGCCCAAUCCAGAUAAAUUCGCCCUUUCUGUGCCGAUUAUUCGACCUGAGUAUAAAGACGAUAAAUUACCAAUUCCAGAUAUUGCUGAUGGUCAAUUCAAUCGUUCUGAUGCCUUGGCUCUCGCUUCAUUCUAUAAACUGACAUUGCCCAAUACUGAAUUUGAAUUCGUCACAAACAUCGUUCAUUUCUCUGCUGAUUCAACAAAUCUAUUUAACUGCAUGGAUUCAAACAAUGGUUUGAACAUGUCCACUACUAUGAUGAAUGAAUGA